AUGAACAGCGUGGGCGAGGCGUGCACCGAGCUGAAGCGCGAGUACGACCAGUGCUUCAACCGCUGGUUCGCCGAGAAGUUCCUCAAGGGGGAAAGCGACGGGGACCCCUGCGGGCAGCUCUUCAAGCGCUACCAGCUCUGCGUGCAGGUGCGUGCGGCCCCGCCCGCCUCCUCCCGUGGCAGCAGCCCCGAGUUCCGCCCGUUCACUUGCUGCUCCAGCUGCUCCUGGCCGCACUUCCUCUCCUUACGGCUGCCCCGGCUGCCCCUGCCCGCCGCUCCGCGCCCCGCCGCGCUGCUCCGCGUUUCCUCUUCCUGCCGGUCACGAUAUAAAAUAUUUUACAGAAAGCAAUUAAAGAAAAGGAUAUACCCAUUGAAGGCCUGGAGUUCAUGGGCCCAAGUAAAGGAAAAACUGAAAACUCCUCUUGACGUCAGCUGUACGGAUGGAGUCACUGAUACGAGCCCUUGGACUAACAACAUCUCCAGGCAUAAGACUGGAUGCCGCCUGGAUAAGACCUUUGUUACGCUGCUUUUUUAGCAGGAGGAAGUAAAGAAUCUUCUCUGCUUGUAAAAACAGCCACCAAAAAAACCCCUAGUGGAUUAUGUGGUAACUGCUGCUUCCUUUACAAUGAAUUUUGGUGGUGGUGGUUCAGCAUCUAUCAGCGCAAAAAGCUGUUUGAACUAACUCUCUGUUGAAUGAUUGAAUGCACUGUAAUGGGAGAACGCUUAUUAGAGUGGGCUGAGUUCGUAGCUGCUUUAUGACCAGUUUCUCUUGCUUAUUUAUAUAACAGAGUAUGAAGGAGGUUGGUUUGUCUCACCUCUAUGCUGCUGAAAUUUGGUGAAAUUUGUUUUAUAUGGUCCUGAAUGCUGAGGGGCUAAAGCAUUAUUUGGUGUCAGCAACAGAGAUGAUAUAAAAGCACUCUAUUGGACCUGUAGUGACUCAGCCAAAAUAAAUAUAACCUGGUUCUAUUUUGUUCAAGUAGAUAA